AUGAAAUCGUUCCGUCUUGCCGAGAGGGUGUUACCGCAUCCUUUUCCAAGAAUUAUCACGUACCUCAUCCCCCCAACACCGGGUGCUGCGCCUUCUUCUCAGCUUUACCGUUUUAAGUUCACUUUAUUGACUAGGAAACAUUGUUGUUAUUGCCUGCAAUAUAUUCCCCGUACCGACGGCUCACGUCUGUUGUCAGCCGUCUACUUCCAAAUAAUCUUCUCCCAACCAUCACAACAUCUGCGAGCCUCGGCCGAUGAUGCCCGUACUCCUACUUCGCCAUGCGCCGCUCGAGGUUCUAGACCGCUGAUUCAUCUUAGGAAUCCGGUGGCGAUAGGUAAUGGACUGCGAAGUGAUGUUAACGGGUUAAGUGCUAUGGAGCGCCCUUUCUCGCCCGGUAGGGCGCUCAUCAAUGUCUUAGCGUCCGUCUCUUGUCACUGUCGUAUGUACCUCGCUGCAGGUACCAUCGACGUCUAUCUCACUGCAGGAACGACCGACCACCUUAUCAUCAACCUACGUAUCCGCUUGGAGGUACUUCAUGUCGAUCAUCCCGUUUCCUAUUAUUAUCCUUCUACGGAUCAUCUCUUACGAUACUUGCUGGUGUGGAUCCUCCGGAAGCGAAGAAUCAUCGAGGAAGCGUGUGCGUAUGGUGCUCUGUCGCUGUCGGACGAACUUAACUAG